GCCGCGGCGGGGCGGCAGUCGGGCGGCAGCCGCGGCCGGGGUGGGAGCGGCGGCGCGGCGCGGCGCGGGGCGGGCAGCGGCGCCCCGUGGUGCGGCAUGUCCAAGACGCUGCGGAAGAAGCGGCACUGGCUGAGCAAGGUGCAGGAGUGCGUGGUCUCCUGGGGCGGCCCGGCGGGCCCCGACCCCGACCUCCUGCGCGGCGGCGCCGAGCGCGGCGAGUUCCCCUACCUGGCGGGCCGCCUGCCGCCGGGCGGCGAGGGCGCGCCGGGCCCCGCGCUGCUCUCGGGCAAGGCGCCGGCGCCGGGCGACGUGCUGCUGGAGGUGAACGGCACCCCCGUCAGCGGCCUCACGCACCGCGACACGCUGGCCGUCGUCCGGCACUUCAGGGAGCCCGUGCGCCUCAAGACCGUGCGCCCAGGAAAAGUUAUCAACAAAGACUUGCGCCACUACUUGAGCCUUCAGUUCCAGAAGGGCUCGAUAGACCAUAAACUCCAGCAAGUGAUCAGAGACAAUCUCUACUUGAGAACCAUCCCUUGCACUACAAGGGCUCCCAGAGAUGGGGAGGUCCCUGGGGUAGACUAUAAUUUCAUUCCUGUUGAGCAGUUUAAAGCACUGGAAGAAAGUGGAGCCUUGCUAGAAAGUGGAACAUAUGAUGGUAAUUUUUAUGGUACUCCGAAGCCUCCAGCAGAGCCCAGCCCCUUUCAGCCUGAUCCAGUGGAUCAAGUUCUUUUUGACAAUGAUUUUGAUACCGAAUCACAGAGGAAAAGAACCACAUCUGUCAGCAAAAUGCAAAGGAUGGACAGUUCUCUCCCUGAAGAGGAGGAAGAGGAGGAAAAGGAAGCAGUUAACGGCAGCGGAGGGAUAGAAAAAGAAAAACAUUCAGAUUCUCCUGACUGGAUGAAACCUGUUCCCAGCUACAACCAGACAAGCAGCUCCAUGGACUUCAGAAAUUACUUGUCAAGGGAUGAAACUCUGGAACCACUGCCUAAGAACUGGGAGAUGGCCUACACUGACACUGGCAUGAUCUACUUCAUUGAUCAUAACACCAAGACAACCACGUGGCUUGAUCCGCGGCUCUGUAAGAAGGCCAAAGCUCCUGAAGAUUGUGAAGAUGGAGAACUUCCUUAUGGAUGGGAAAAAAUAGAAGACCCUCAAUACGGAACAUAUUAUGUUGAUCAUAUUAACCAGAAAACUCAGUUUGAAAACCCAGUAUUGGAAGCCAAAAGAAAGAAACAUCUAGGACAGACUGAUGUUGGCCCUUCAAAAUCAGGACCAGAGAAGUCUGUCUUCACUAGAGAUCCAUCCCAGCUUACAGGAGCACUUAUACGGACAUCGCUGAAAAAAAGUACAAUGGGAUUUGGCUUUACAAUCAUUGGAGGGGACAGACCUGAUGAGUUUCUCCAGGUGAAGAAUGUCUUAAAAGACGGACCCGCUGCACAAGAUGGGAGAAUUGCACCAGGUGAUGUCAUUGUAGACAUAAAUGGAAGUUGUGUCCUUGGCCAUACCCAUGCAGAUGUUGUCCAGAUGUUUCAGCUAGUUCCUGUCAAUCAGUAUGUGAACAUGACUUUGUGUCGUGGUUAUCCUCUUCCUGACGACAAUGAAGACCCUGUGGUAGAUAUAGUGACAGCUACGCCUAUUAUAAAUGGACCGCCUGUGACCAAAGGAGAUGUUUGUGUGACCAGCCAAGAUUUAAUAGCAGGAACAGUUGUGUUGGACCAGAAUGGAAAAAUGGGCCCUAUGUUGGUCAAUGGUCGUCUGAAUGGCCCUUCCAUGGAUACAACUGAGCAGAGGAUCUCUCUUGCAUCUUCAGGAGGCUCUCAGCCAGAGCUGGUCACCAUUCCGCUAGUCAAAGGUCCUAAAGGCUUCGGGUUUGCCAUCGCAGACAGUCCCACAGGACAGAAGGUGAAAAUGAUUUUAGACAGCCAGUGGUGCCAAGGCCUUCAGAAGGGGGACGUAAUCAAGGAGAUUUGCCAUCAGAACGUACAGAGCUUGACACAUCUGCAGGUAGUGGAGGUACUGAAGCAGUUUCCAGUAGGAGCAGAGGUGCCGCUGCUUAUCUUAAGAGGAGGUCCACCCUCACCUACUAAAACUGCCAAAGGGAAGGACAAGCAGGACAGUUCUGGGAGUUUGGAAGCUGUCGGUGAUCCCAUCCCACAGCCAAUGCCAUUUCCACCCACUGCUGUACGACCAGGCUCUCCUAAACUGGACCCUUCGGAAGUCUACCUGAAGUCUAAGACUAUAUAUGAGGACAAACCUCCAAACACAAGAGAUUUGGAUGUUUUCCUGCGAAAACAAGAGUCAGGCUUUGGUUUCCGGGUGCUUGGAGGCGAUGGACCAGAUCAGCCCAUUUAUAUUGGAGCCAUAAUCCCAUUGGGAGCAGCAGAAAAAGACGGCAGGCUUCGAGCUGCGGAUGAACUGAUGUGUAUUGAUGGGGUCCCUGUUAAGGGGAAGUCACACAAACAAGUUUUGGACUUAAUGACCAGUGCUGCACGGAAUGGUCAAGUGCUGCUCACAGUCCGGAGGAAGAUCAUCUUUGGUGGGGAAAAGCAACCGGAGGAGGAGGAUUUGCAGCCUGUCUUGACGCAAAACGGCUCUCCCCGACUGAAUCGGGUAGAGUUUGCAAACCAGCAGUCCCCAGAGGUCUAUGAUGUCCGUCUGCAGCGGAAGGAAAAUGAAGGAUUUGGCUUCGUCAUCCUCACCUCAAAGAACAAACCUCCUCCUGGUGUGAUUCCUCACAAGAUUGGGCGAGUUAUAGAUGGGAGCCCAGCUGACCAGUGCGGGAAACUGAAAGUGGGAGACCGCAUCUCGGCGGUGAACGGUCAAUCCAUCGUUGAGCUCUCACACGACAGCAUAGUGCAGCUGAUCAAGGACGCAGGAAACAUGGUGACUCUGACUGUCGUGGCUGAGGAAGAACACCGUGGUCCUCCGUCAGGAACAAACUCUGCCCGGCAGAGUCCAGCUCCACAGCACCGACCACUGGGAUCAGCACAGAUCAACCCUUCCGGCGCAGACAGGGGAGCUAUGGAAAGUGAAGCUGGAAAAGAAGUUUCAAAUAGUUACAGGCUUUCCUGGCCCGAGCAUAAGCACUUGACGCAGUCUGAUGCUGGUGUUGCUUCAGUUAUUGGUAGCCGUCAUUCCCAGGUACAGAAUCCUGGCUGUUUCCCAGUAGAGCUGGAAAGGGGCCCUCGAGGAUUUGGAUUCAGCCUUCGAGGAGGAAAGGAAUACAACAUGGGCUUAUUCAUCCUUCGACUUGCUGAAGAUGGGCCAGCUGUCAAAGAUGGGAGAGUACAUGUUGGUGACCAAAUUGUUGAAAUUAAUGGAGAACCCACCCAAGGAAUCACUCACACACGAGCCAUUGAGCUGAUUCAGGCUGGAGGGAAUAAAGUUUUGCUGCUGCUGAGACCAGGGACUGGCUUGAUACCAGAUCACAGUGAUUGGGAUAGUUAUAAUCCAUCUUCGUCAAAUGUAAUAUAUGAAGAACAGUCACCAUUAUCUUCAUCUUCACAUUCUGCUUCCCCAUCUGAAGUGUGUUAUUUACCAGUACCAGGAGAAGCUUUAACGAGAGUUCAGCUGUCUGAGAAACUGGAACAAGCAAAGAACACUGUGCCUGAAAAGAUAAGCACUUUAACUGAAAACCAGUUUGAGAUGAAGCCUCAGUCUUCUCCCCAGAGAACAAAGAACAGAUGGGAAUGUCCCUCCAGCCCUGGGUUUGAAAUCACAACAGGUAGUUUGGAAGUAGGGACCAGAGGAGACAGAUCUGCAAGUCCAGAAAAGUUAGUGGCUGCUGAGGGGCACCUUCACACAGGAUUCCAUGGCCCCAGAAAAGGGGACCCUGAAAAAACCUACAGCAAUCUCUCGCAUAAAUCUGACAGUUCCAGAAAGAGUGAGAAUAAACCCACAGAAACCGGGAUGAACAAUAGUAACAAAAAAGAGUAUUCCAGUGGAAAGCAAGGAAUGUCUGCCAGUCCCCAAAAGCAUCUCAGUAAGCAAGGAAAUGUAGAAAGGGUAGGCAGGUUACAAGAAUAUCAGAAUAGAACAACUGGUGGUGGUAAGAUGACUGUUGAGCAAUUGAAAGGUGGAAACGGUAAAACAGGCGUCACCAGGAAAGACACGAAGCAGAUGACUUCUGGAAAGAUGGAAGGGUGGUCUCCAGAACGACAACAUGCAGCAUUUGAUGAGAAUCAUCUUCCAUUCAGUGACUCUAGGAGAAACACAUCUGAAGAUGAAAAAACAAAGAAGUCAAACUCUGGAGAGCCAAGUUCCAGCAGAUUCAAAACUUCCAGUCUUUCCAAUAUUCCACUGCUUUCCAUGGAGAAACAAAGAAGGCUAGAAACACAGGAGAUGCUUAUGCUGAACAGACAACACAGAGAGAGACACACGGAGCUACCCAAUGAAACCAAAGAUGAUGGAAUUUCCAAAUCUGAGAAUAGUUCUCCAGUCAAGAAAACACCAAUAACUCCUGGACCUUGGAGGGUACCAAGCGCAUGUAAAGUCACCCAAACAGCAGGUGUGGCUGAAAAACGGGUUUGACACUUUUUUUUAGAACAUGUUUUAAUCAAGUUUCUAAUACUGGUCAUCUAAAAGCAUUGUUUCUUUUCACGAAGUUGUCAUUUUUUUCAGAAACUGGUUAGAGGGUGGAAAGUAUUUGAUUCAUUCUUAAAUUAUCUAAGCUGCAUGAAGGACCUUUUGGAUUGCUUAAAUGAAACUCUUCCAUAAGCUGCUGUCCCCUUGUCCUUUUGAAGGCGGUGUUCUGCUGCUCUCAACGUUGCACUGCUACGGCUUUCUCAGAUAGUAUUGUGAGUUUCUGAACAAAAUUAUUUAAUGCCUAUAUUGCCAAUGUGAUCAUGACUCACUUCUUGUUCUUGUGCCAAGUUAGCUACUGUAUCCAGUCAAUCUAAUCCUUCUUGUAUGUAUUCCAGUCACAGAAAAGGCAAGGUUUUGUUUGAAAUGGGUAUUUUCUCAGGAGCAUGUUGCAUGUUUACAUAAGGAAAUACACAUGUUCUUGCUGGUUCAGUAAAAAGAUGGGUGAGUUGGUUCUAUCAAUUCUAGGGCAGCAAAUGAGCCCGUUGCUGUUCAAUUGAUGUUUUUUCUUAAAUUUUUAUACCUAAUACAGAAUUGUGUAGAUAAAAAUUAUAUUUGACAUAAUCAAUGUUUUGUAAUUUUGCUUUUUAUGAACACAGCAAAAUUGCUUUAUUUUCUUGAUUCAUAAGGAUGCUUAUAACAACUCUUUGCAAACAUGUGUCUGAAAAGAGAAAAUUCUAGGUUCUGUUAAAUAACAUAAUUCCUUUGGUUUCACUUGUGGCACUGUGUCAUCCUUAGCAUUCUUUGUAAACAUAAGCAAUGAGUGCAUAUUUAUUUUCAGCCUCAUUGUAGUGCUGUAUACUGAAGUCCCAUCUUUACUUAAUGCUAGUUAGGAAUUGGAUUUUUUCCCUGUGUAGAGAUAACAAUUGACCUCUAGGACAGAACCAACUGCCAUAGCAGCUUCUUAAAUGAAGUUCUUGCCUGUGUAUAUUAGAAGUCUCCCAUAUUUUACUUUGAAUGUGUGAUCUGUUCUAAGAGUGCUAAAUAGGAUGAUAUACAGGGUACAUGAGACUUAAUAUCUAUUGUUUGGGCUAGAAUACCUGUUUUUAAAAGAGGAGUGUUGCCAUCAGAAUUUACUGACACAUCAGUCCUACAGCUGUAAGAACAGCAGACUGCAUAAAUUGAAGGGUUUUAUUUUAGUCAUGGUUCUAGUGAUGAUUUCCUGACAUGUUAGGUUUUUAAUGAAUGCAAAAAAGUGGUAAAAGGAGCCCACUGGUCCAGAUUGCAGAAGGAGAGAGAAGUGUUAAAGGUCAAGCUUUACUUACUCAUGUUAAAAUUCAAACUAAUAUGAUUUGCUAUUUGAAAGUGAAAGAGUGAAUAUUGCAUUCUGGCUUUGAAACAUUUAAUGUUUUUAAAGCUUAAUGAAGCACAGUGAAUCAGUUCUGAGUUGAAUUCUUUAGAAGUACUGAUGACUACUCAAACAGCUUUUUAAACAAAGACUUUGAAAAUUAAAUAGGCUUUAAAGCAGAUCUGAACUGUGCUCUGCUGCUUGACAUUGGAUGAUCCAUUGAGAUUUGCUGUGUAGCAUAAUACGUACAAAUACUCCGUGUUGUGGAGUAUGACUGUGAAAAUAUUUAAUACUUUGAAGUAGCCUAUGUAGAUAUUAACCAUGUAUUCUUAACAAGAGAUUGUUUUAUGUUGAGUUUUAUGCACUUGCCCUAACCACUGAGUACAGUAACAAAUUUCAGAUGUUUAAUACAAAGAUGAAUUAGCACCACUGAAAUUAUUUCCCUGUCAUCAGCUACCCCUGUAUUUUUUCUAUAUGUUAAUGUGACCUGAUUUCAUGUCUUACCUGUCUGUGAUUUCUCCUUCCAUAGAACUUGUAUCUGUACUUACUGUAUCAGAUGACUUAGCAAUGUGGCCUUGGAAUGCUAAGCAAUGUAUGGAUGUACUGGGUGUAAAUGUUUAUAUAUUGUACAGCACCUUUAUACAUACUUCUGAGGUUCUGACUAGAGAGAGACCUGUAAAUCGCUCAUUAUUUUUUAUAUAGAUAUUAAAAAGAAACUCCAGUUC